UAAUGAACUUGUCCCUCGAACGCCAUUUGCAAACGGGAUGUCGGCCACGACAAGGUGCCCAUUUCAUUAAAAAAAAUUCAGAAGUCUGUCUUUCCGUAAUCGUUUCUUAAGCCAGAAAUCGGUAUAAAGGUUUCAAGAUGGAAGAUUACUAUACAAUCCAGACACCCGGUCAUCAUAGUACGAUGUUUGCGGAGCUACAUGUGCUGCAAAAACAAGGGGUCAUGUGUGAUGUCAUACUUGCUGCAGAAGAUGGAGAAGUCAUGGCACAUAAGGUUGUGUUAAUGGCUGCCAGCAAGUACUUUAGAGAAAAGUUAUCCCCAGUUAUAGGCCCUACUGCCUCCAAAAUCUGUCUAAAAGGUAUCUCAGUGGUGGAGUUGGCAAACCUAGUCAAGUAUAUCUACACAGGAAAACUUCUAGUUGCUAAAGAAACUAUGGAUAUCACUUUAGAGAUUUCAGAAAUUCUUCAACUGCAGGGAGUGAUGCAUGGUUAUAAAGAAAUAAUAACAUAUGAGCAAAUGAAAGAGAACCCAAGUAAUGCUGUUCCUUUCAAGUCUGAAUACAACUCAAAUAAGACUCCUCCUCCGCCAGAAGCUAAUACUAGUUAUACUGAAAAAACUUAUUCACCACAGAAAACAAAUGCUCAGAUACCAAAAGCUGUUGAACCUGUUACUGCUACUCCAGAUGAGCUUGCGGUAAGCACUGUUUCUAAGACAACAUCAGACACCUUAGGUUCACAGUCCCUUGUUGCUUCGACAGAGACAGCUUCCUUGUCUUCUGUUUCACAGGCAGAUGCAAUCCAGGAUUCCAAUGUGCCAGCUAAUGAACCGGCUGGAGAUGGUGUAGCUCCUAAUGCACACAAUGUAGAUAAUGCUGGAGAUGCUGCUGAUGUUAACAAUACUCAAACUUCAUCCACUGAUUUUAACUUUGACUCCCUGUAUGACCAGCAGUAUAUGGAUGUCUCAGCAGGAGCCCGAACUCCAUCAAAAAAUCCUGGGACAAGCACACAGCCGUCUGCUGUCACACUACCCAAACUGCAGCAGAUGGCACCAAAUCCAUCAGAGAGUCAGAAAAUAGCUGAGGAAAGAGCCCAGCAUCAAGAUUUACUUGCAGUUGCCAUAGAGACCCUUUCAGAUGUUCCUUAUUUGAAGCAACAGCCACAUCAACCAGAAGUUGAUAAAGCAGUAUCUAGUAUUUCUGGUCCUGAUGCAGCACAACCUACGACACAGGCAAUACCUCAACAUGUUAUUGGGAUGAAACCUGAAGAGGAAGAUCUUGAAGAUUAUGAAAAUGGUCUAACUUGUACGAAAACAGUUACUAUGAGUGCAGGGUCUGUCAAUAACGAAUUAGGUGGAAAAACAGAUGUGUACACUGUUGCUUUAGACCCUGCAACAGUAAGGUCACCCUUAAAGAUGCCCAGACCUAAAAGGACAAAAACAGCAAAAGAAAAAGAAGCAGAAGAAAAAGCUAAAAAGUAUCGACAUAUCAAGGCAGUAUUAAUGUCUGGUGCAUCCACUGAUACAAAACCACUCCCUAUAACUGAUGUGGAACCAAGACGAGGAAGUAGGCAAAAGAAUUCAACUACCAAGCAGGAUUUUCAAUAUGAAAGCCUCUCAAAAACGAAAAAGAAAGUAUUCAGUCCAAAGAUUGUUUUAAUUCCUAAAGAUUCUGUAAGUGAUCCUCCAUCGGGAAAAGAAAUACAAAGUAGGUCCAGCAAAACGGAAACAGAUCCAAAUUCUAAAUGUCUUCCAAAGGUAAUAAAAGUCCAGUUAGGAGAAAAAAUUAAAGUUCCAAAGGAAGAGAAGAUAGAAGCUGAAGGUGAUAACUUUGGACAAGUGGUAAACUUUGAUAGUGAAAGUGAUGAUGAUGUUAAUGGAAUGAUAGUUAAUGAUAUGUUAGAAGCUUUCCAAAGUGAUGAUGAAAAUAAGAAAAAAAGUUCUGGUAAAAGUAAAGACAAUAUUGGUACAUACCUAACUAAUCUAAAGGAAAGUCAGAAAGAGAGGGGUGUUAUGAAAAGCCAGUCACUAACUAAGAAAGGGGGCAAUAGUAAUGAUGCUAAAUUAGACAAUAAAAGUACAGGUGAUACUGGAAAAGAAGAAGACACUUUAAGUGUUCAAACCAACAAUGUAGAAUCUGAAACAAUGUCACCAGAUAAAAGUAUUGAGACUGAUAAUAUUAAUGACGAUGCAAGUGAAGUUAAAGGACUUCCAGAUGAUUUGCAGGUGCAUGACAUUGAUGAGGCUACUGCUGAAAGAAUGAAGUCAAGUUCAACCAAGCGUAAAACAAGAACACCAAGGAAACUACCAAUAUCUGAUGAAGAGAAAGGCAAUGAUCCUGUUACUGACCGGCAUGACAAAAUACCUGUAGUUAGAUCCAGGCGGUCCAGUAAGAGUUUAAAUCUUGACAGGGAAAAGGAAGGCAAAGCAAUAAAACAUGACUCUGAUAAUGAUAAAUGUAAUGAAACAAAGAGGAAGAAGUUAAGAACAGAUUUUGAAGGAGGCAAUGUUGAUUGUAAGGAUAAAGAUCUGUCUAAAGCAACAGAGAUUAAAAUAAUUGCACAAAGUAAAGUUGAUGAGAAAGCACUUGGAGAAGCAGAGAAGCAAAUAAGUGAAAGCCAGUCCAAGAAGAUAAUCAUUGUCCCAAGAUAUUACCAACCAGAAAUAAGACUGAAAAAGCGGACGACUGAAGAAAUGCUAGAGUUAGCAAAAGAAAUACCAAAAAAUAAAGAACAGGCUUCAUCAGGUGAGUCUGAACUUGAAGUAACUCUGUAUGAAACUGAAGAAGGUGAUGAAGAUGAUGAUUAUGAGGAUUAUGAAGAAAUGUCUGCAGAUGAUUUUGUAGAAGACAGCAAAAAACAUGAAACACAUGUUGAUGCAGUAGCAAAAAGGAAGAUGAAUGAAUCAUUUAAAUCCUCUCCAGUUAAGAAAAGAAAAACCGGCAAUCAAAUGAACCUUUCAGCUGAAUUAAAUGAAGCCAGUAAUGACAUAACAAAAAGUAACUUGGCCAGUAAAACUAUUGUUAAAAACAUAGGAGGUAAGAAGAUAAUUGCAAAAUCAUUCAUAAUUAAAGAUGUAACCAAAAGGUCAGAGACUGAGGAGCAAAAAUUCAAGACAAAAGUUGAAAUUGACAAUGAAGAUGAUGAAAUUGAUGUUGUAACAAAAAAGGUGGUGAGUAGUAAUAGUCCUGCAGGGAGAAUGAAAAAUAAAGGAAAGGGAUUAAGGAAAAAGAAGAGUGUUGCAAGUAAGGAGAAAUUGGGAGAAGAAAUACAUGAAGAUGUGUCCAAAGAAUCUGAUGAAGACGAUGCUGAGAUAGACUUUUCUGAUUAUAUGGUGUAUGUUUGUUCAACAGAUGACUGCCGAUUUUCUUCCAAGAGUUUAAUAGAUAUGAGUGAACACAAAGAGAUGUGUCAUACGUCUCCUGCAGUGAAUACACAAGAUACUGAAAAGGAAGAUACCAAGAAAAAUGCUAAAGUUGGGCCUGAAAGUUGUGCACAGUGUGGAAAGACAUUCAAGACACGAAAGAUCCUGAAAAGACACAUUGAAUACUCUCAUACAGAGAAGGAGAAGAUACAGUGUGAGCAUUGUGAUUUUGCAACCCCGUAUAAAUCCAGCAUGUCGACUCAUCUCAUGAUAUCACAUGCAGCUAAAAAGGCUAUGUUUAUGUGUAAAUUCUGCGAUUAUGGGACACCUUUGACCGGGAAUCUACGAAAACAUUUGUAUAGUGCACAUAGUCUCAUUGUUAUAACAAAACAGCACAAAAAGUCAGCUGAAUAUGAAAAAUUUGACGAGGGUACGAUCAUAACAAAAGAUCAUCAAGUCUUUGACCCAGAAACAAUGAAAGUACCGAAAACCGCCAAAAGAAAAGCACACAGUAAUAAAGACUCUGAUGAAACUGCUACUAGUGACAGUCAGGUCAAGGCGGAAGAUAAAAAACGCACUAAGAUAUCUUUAAGCAAACUUCCUGUUGAAGAUUUCCUCAAAGAAAUGAUGAAACGACAUCAAGAAUAUGUUCAACAGCCAGAAAAAAAAUAUUCUUUCAUGAGUAGCAGUAUUGCAGUGGCGACAGAACAUCCUUCAUUUCCACAAGCCUCGCCACAGGUCAGAAAUACGCGAGCCAACAAGAUUUACAACAUGAAAAAAGUAAAACCGACCUUUACAGUCCAGCCCGAGACGACUGGACUGUAUGGGAUGGGAAAUGUUGAAGGUAUGUAUCAUCAAGGUACAGCAACUGUUCCGCAGGUAGCGAGUGAGGUGGAAGUAGAACACGACAACCAGCCGGAAGUUGUUCUUGAAAAUGUUGAAGACGAUGCCUCUACAGCUGUUCUUACGAUUAGCGAACAGAAAGGUAUUGAUGGGUCAGAAAUGAUCUUGAUAAAUCAGAAUGGUAAACGCACUAUUGUGCGGUCAAAAGAUUUUUACGAUACUCUUCAAGCUACGGGCCAUGAUACAAAUCAGACAUUUGGUGUUAUAUCAGCCCUGCUACAAGCAGGAGAACAGAUUGAAAUAAGAGAACAACAAGAAGAAAUUGUUGAAAUACAGAACAUGUAAUUUCUGCAUUGUGUCUGUUUUUAGUCUAAAAUCUUUACGUAUCGUUAAGUAUGAGUGACUUAACUAUUUAGAGAAAGUAAUAUCAGAUUUAUAUUUUAAGAUAAGUUAUUAGUAUCGAAAAUGUGACCAAAUUUUCUGUAAAAUUUAUCAUGAUAAAACUGAUAGUAAUGUACCAAAAUUAAGAAAAAAGUAAAGUGAACAAGUUAAAACUACUGGAAAAUAAAGAGCUUAGGAAUGACAUAUCGUUUUUUUUUAUUGUUUUAGAAUGCCAUACUUUUUUAUUGUUCUAGAUUUUUAUUUUCCUAAAUACUUUUUAUGCACAUUUUGCAAAAUCUGUUCUUUUCUCCCCCCCCCC